UCGAAUCACAAAAUCGAACGAGAAUGGGAAAAAUUUCGUUUAGCUUGUCCAGUGUUCGAAUAUCAUAUCAGUCUUACUGUAACGUUCAGUAUAUUCUAAGCAUUUAAAAUGAAGUCAAUUACCGUUUGUUUAAUUGUGUGCGCCAUAGCGCUUAAUUUGUCCCUUAAUUUCGCAAAUCCUGAAACAACUACGACAGAUAUUGUAAAUACUUCUCGAACGACCGGCAGCAAUCACAGCUUCCCAGCUUUUAGUUUCAAAAGCGUGUUGCAACAUCAAUACAAUGCAUUAGUUGACAGAAUUAAUGCAACGUGGUUGCAAUGCAAUGAAACAUUCAAUGUGCUGCGUAGCCAACAAAGAUUGGACCCACAUAUGAGCAGUACUCGAAAAUGUCUUGUAGAUUGUACACUACGUACAAUGGGUAUGAUAACUGAUAAUGCCCCUGACGACGAUCAAUAUAUGUUGUACAUGAAGCAAUUACGGCUCAAUUACACCACAAACACAUCCGACAUGAACAAAAAAUCGAAAGACUCGAAAAAGAGUAUAUUCGAUCCUCUUAAUCAUCAAUUACCCCAUGGGGUUCGUAACGGUACCUGCCGUGCAGUGGUCGGUGUUUCGAACACGGACGUACCAUUUUCUGACUUGUGCCAAGUACUCAUAGAGUCCUAUUCACUGGCUGCUAGUAAAUGCAAUGACUUACAGAGUCCUUAUGGCGACAACUGCGACACGUCUUGGAUGAUAAUGAGUUGUAUGAUUCGAAGACACCGCGGAAAGCUAUACAAAAGUCCAUUUUACGUCCUUGCGGAUAAUGGAAAAGCUGAGGCCUGAGAGCCUAUCAUGUCGCGAAAUUUUAUCCACGUGUUUGCGUCAUGAUUUGAAUUAAAAUUGAAGAUUUGACUUUGAAUAGUAAUUGUGACUUUGUUCCGAAUAAAUUUUUAUCUUCUCUGUUGUCGUAAUUGUUGUUUAUUGUGUCGAAUGAACCUGCCAAGAACUGAAGGACCAACCUUGUUGAAAAUUGUGGAUGAGUUAAAUCGGUCACAAAACUCUUAAAGUGUGAAGCUGACACGAGUCCUUGUGU